CCGCCGCGGCUCGCGGAAGGGCUUUGUGAGCCACUCUGGGCGCGCAGCCGCGGAGGCGCGGGGACCCCGGCCCGCGCCGGCGGGGCGGCGGGCUCACCUAUGGGACUUUCGAAAAGCAAGCCCAAACCCAGGAAAGGUGAGGAGCAAAGGAAGGGCUCCUCCUAUUCGAGUUCGAAAUCUAAGGAUAGGCUGUCGGAGAAGCACUCCCUGGAGGCCGAGAAGCUCGCGGACAGCCACUUCCUGAGGAAGGGGUCGGCCAAGCACGAGAGGCCUUCUGCUUCGUCGGAAGGAUGGUCUCGCUUUGCAAAUUCACCAGAGACUGGAGGACCCAUGAGGCACUGGAGUGGGCAAGACCCCUGCCAGCAAGGAACUGCCUGUUGGAAAGGCACCAGGCAGCAGCUGUCUCACAGCACCUUUUCGGAGGCAGGGACAUGAAGAGAAAACAGCAGGUCAAGGAACAAGAGUGAAGAUGAAUUUCGAGACAGGGGAGAGUGUGGUUCCUCCACACGGUAGAACGUGCUCUACAGUAACAAGGGAGCACCACUGAUGUGCUGCACUGUGGAACAACCCCAGAACAUGAUGCCACAUGAAGGAAGCCAAGUGCACAGAGCACUACAGGACGAUGCUCUAUAUCCGAAUGUCCAAAAGCAGAUACAUAGAGAGGCGCUCAGUGACCUUCUGGUGCCAAGUGCAGGAGUGGGAAUUGGUCACACUCAGCACAAGAGGACUUCUUGGGAUGGUGGACACAUUCUUACAACUGAAUUGGGCCAGUGCACCAAUGGGCUACUGUCUCUCCCUCUGGAGAUGGCUUGUAUUUUCCCUGGGUUGUGUUUUCCUUGCUUAGUCCAAAGGCAGCUCUCGCGCGCCAUGUGUGCUCUCUCUCUCUCUCUCUCUAAUAUUUUUAGUUGUUUAUGGAACUUUAUUUACUUAUGGUGCUGAGAAUAGAACCCAGUACCUCACACAUACUAGGCAAGUAUUUUACUACUGAGCCACAGCCCCAGUUCCCUGCAGCUCUCUUUUGAGAUUGCCAUUCCCCACCCUGUUCUCCCUUGAAUGUGUAUCCACUUUCCUAAAUAGACCUCUGUCUAUGCCUUUUAAAAAAAAAAAUGGGGGCUGGGGAUAUAGCUCAGUUGAGAGUGCUUGCCUAGCAUGUACAAAGCCCUGAGUUCAAUCCCCAGCACCACCAAAAAGAAAAAGGAAUUAGGCUGGGCAUGGUGGUGCAUGCCUGUAAUCUCAGCUACUCAGAAGGCUGAGUCAGGAAGAUGGCAAGGUCUACACUAGCCUCAGCAACUGGACAAGACCUGUCUCAAAUUACAAAGGGCUGGGGGUGUAGCUCAGUGGUAGAGCACCCCUGGGUUCAAUCUCCAGUACCAAAAGAAAAAACUGAAUUUGGCUGGGCAUGGUGGUGUACAUGUGAGUUCCCAGCUACUCAGGAGGAUUGCUUGAGCCUAGGAGUUUAAGGCCAACCUGGCCAACUUAAUGAGAUACUGUCUUAAAAUAAAACAAAAGGGUCUAGGGAUACAGGUCACUAGUAGAGCAUCCAAGUUCAAUCCCCAGUACUAUACACACACACACAAAAGGAAAAAAAACAAAAAGGACUGAUGAUGUGGCUCAGUUGUAGAGCACCCCUGGGUUAAAUCCUAGCAUGUAUGAGGCCAUGGGCUCCAUCCUGGCACCAAAAAAAAAACCCCCAGUCUCAAAAGGUCACAUGCUGUAUGAUUGAUUCCAUUUGUGUAAUAUUCACCAAAUGACAAAAUUAUAGAGAUGGUGAACAGACUAGUGGUGGGGAUGUCUGGUGGGAAACAGUCCUGUGUCCUGAUGAAGGUGGGGUCACGUGACUACAUGGCAUGUAUCUGUACACCUUGGAUCAAUGCCAGUGUUUAUAUUAACUCAGAUAUAAAAGGUGUUAUCAUUGGGGGAAACUGGGUGAAGAGUAUACAGUAACUUUCUGUUCUACUUUUGCAACUUUCUAUGAAUGUAUACAUAUUUUAAAAAUAAAAACUUUAAAAAUAUGUCAAAAGUUGUUAUUAAAAAUGUAGUUCCAGAAUUCUUUGCCUUUUUCUCCAAACCAGACUAAAUAAAUGGCAAGUAUGGAUGA